CAAAAAAAUUGCACCCGGAAUCAGAUGUGUCAAGUUUGACCCGGUUCACUCUCACCAUGUGCGGCUUCACAUUGUCAACUCUGGAAACCCAAACCCUGCAGAGGAAGCUAAACCUUCUGCUUCCUCGUCGCCCAUUGGAAGAUCUCACCGUCGGAUUUUCGUGUUCCUGCCCCACUCACGUCGAAUUCCUCAAUGCCAGCCUUUUAUUUUUCCAUCCUUGUUCUACAGAAUUACCAAUAAGAAAUGUGACUUCCUCUUUCUUGUGAAAAUUGCAGGAAUCAAGGAUCUCUCUAUGAGGAUCUCAACCUCCCACUUGCUGGGUUUUGUUUAUUUUGAUCUUUUUCCCUCGAAAAAAGUCUGACGUUUUUCCCUCCUGAAUUCUCUCGUGGGUACCGCUUUUUUUAGCUUAACUUUUGUUCUUAGUGAUGAUAGAGACAAAAAUUUGUGCACCCAUUUGAGAUAGGAGGUUUUACGGUUAUAGGUGCAAUCAUACGCUGAUUCCCUUCCCCCAAUUUUGCUCCCAUUUUGGGUUUUGAUUUGCAGUUAGAUCUAUUAGAUUUCUGCUGCAUCUCUGGAUCAUUUAAGCACUUCAAGUUUUGUUGAUUACCAAGAUCGACGCUUUAACAGAUCUCCUUUUUUUGGUGCUCUUUACUCAAACUGACUAUUGACCAAUCGAGGUAUUCGAGUUUCUAAUUUGCUGCUAUUUUAGUCGAGUUCAAAUGCUAGUAUGAGUCAGUCAUUUGGCCAAGGAAGCCCUAAAUCCUUCCCUGCUUACCCGAGGGGUGGCGAGUUCGAUUUGGAGUCCGGGAUUAGCAAGAAAUCAAGGAGGCCCAAAAAUUCUCGUCCUGAAUUGUUCAAAAUGAUCAAAUCGAUCGGCCAUCGUCUUCAUUAUCACUAUAAACUGCACCCUCUUUUUGUGUUUCUCGUCUCUCUGGCUACCGGGCUUGGAAUUAUCAUUGUCCUAGCAGUGUAUGAGAACCGAUUCAGGGGCAUGGGCUUUCAAAACAAAUUCGAACUGGAUUCCACCGUGUAUCCUUAUCCGGAUCUCAGGAAUCUUGUGAUGGUGGCGGGGCAUUCGGUGUAUACUAGUACCAGUUGUGAGAAGGUUGAUGGAGAGAACUCAUGGUUUCUGGAGUCGUAUCAGAAGCAUCCAGGGCAGGCUGCCACCUUUUUGCAGCAUAUUAGAGAGGGAGUUGAGAUCGCAGCGAAAGAUAAAAAUGCAUUGCUGUUAUUCAGUGGUGGAGAGACCCGCAAGGACGCUGGGCCUCGUAGUGAAGCUCAGAGCUACUGGAGUGUUGCAGAUUCCAAAGGCUGGUUUGGUAAUCAGGCAACUGUCAGAUCAAAAGCACUUACCGAGGAGCAUGCAAGAGAUAGUUUUGAGAAUCUUCUUUUUAGUGUCUGCCGAUUUCGUGAACUUACUGGUGUAUAUCCACAAAAUAUAACAGUUGUGAGCUAUGAUUUUAAGGAGGAAAGAUUUGCAGGCCUGCACCGUGCCGCAAUCGGCUUUCCAGAAGCAAGGUUCUUCUACCUAGGUACUCCAGCUUCAGCUGCAUCAAAAGAUGGAGCCAAGAAGGGAGAAGCACUGGCAAGGGCUCAGUUUCAGCAAGACCCAUAUGGUUGCUUGGGCAACUUAUAUAGGAAAAAGCUGAAGCGCGAUCCUUUCCAUCGGUCGGUUCCCUAUCCUAAUGGUUGUCCUGAAUUGCAAGGUCUGUUUAGUUAUUGUGGUCCACUUCCAUACCCAGGCAAACUGCCCUGGUCUUAGUAGCGAACCAAUAUCUCUCCUAACAAAAUAAUGAGAUAAAAAUCUCUCUCUCUC